UAGCUUGAAGAUUAUAUGUUGAUAUAUAAGUUUGUAUCAUGUUUUUAAUACGCAAAUGUUCGUAACUUAACGAUUAUGUUAGUUUCUGGAAUCGAAUUCAGGAUCUCUGACUUAAAACUUCUUCAACGUCACUUAGCUCACCAACUUAAUUAUCUACCUUUGUGAGACAAAGUUUAUAUCAUUUUAUUUGUGUGAUAGUAGUUUAAUGCUUAUGAGAUUGAUGUAGUGGCUAAAGAAACAAACAUAAAAGUUUGAAGAAUUGUUUUUGAAAGGUGAAAGUUUGUUAUGUUAAUGUCAUGCAUGAGGAAUAAUAUGGUUGGCAUGAUUCAAUGUCAAUGCCUAGAAUCUAGAAAAAAGAUGCAAAAGCAUUGCAUAAAACACUCUUUCCUUUUUAAAACUAUAAUGAUGUUGCUUCUUCAAGCAUCCAUUUUUAAUUGUUAUAGUACUAUAUGAAAAGAAGAGAAAAAUGUUGCCUUGAUCAUUUCUUCAAAUAUUUCAAUAAUUGAAAGAAUAAUUUGAAAAAUGACAUCAUAUAUUAUACACAUAAGAGAAGUUUAUUAUUAUGGUAGGAAAAUAUUAACAGGUAAAGUUGUCGGGAGAUAUUUUUAAUUUUUUUGAUGUGUUUUAUUCAAAUGUGGUCCAAAGUAUUGGAAGGAGACAAAUUAUACUAAAAGGAAGUAGAUGCCAUCAUUUUGUGCCAAUGCUUUAAGAAUCAAUUAGACUAUUAAUAUCCAUGUGCUUCCAUAGAAUCAUUCUAUUUUCUAUAUAAACAACUUUUCAUUAAUCAAUUCUAUAUUCUCUUAGAAUUUUCCUCAUUUAAGCUUAAAUGUGUUUCAAGGUAAACUUGGGACAAAGAAGAAACUAAAUAGAUCAUUCAUGGAGAAGCUUGUUAGGUCUUGUGACAAAGAAUACAUGAGGAUGGCCAUGUUAAAGCAUGAAGAAACUUUCAAACAACAGGUAUAUGAACUUCAUCGAUUGUAUCGAAUACAAAAGAUACUAAUGCAAAAUAUGGAGGCUAGUCGAGGCAUUGAAGUAAAAGAACAAGAAUGGUACUUCAAAAACGCGAUUAGUUUAACUCAAAAUGCUAAUCAUCAUAAAGUUGCACAAGAAAAGACUCAAAUCAAAUUUGAUCUUGAAAGGCCUGCAGAGGAUCACAGUGCAGAAUCAGACGACGAUGAAGGGAUGGAAAUCAUUGACGAGAAUGAGAUCGAGCUAACAUUAGGCCCGUCUAGUUAUAACCGUAGUAAGAAAACUAAUACACCACUAACUUCAGAUUCAGGACAUAGCUUAUCUUCAUCUUCGACUGGAUCAAGUGAUAUAAACAAGACAAGAAGAUACAGAACACAUCAAAAAAGAGAAGAAUCAAAUGGUGGCAUGAUUAGAAAUAGUUUUGGUCUUGAAGAACAAUUAAGACAAGAGAGAUUAAAACAAUCACCUUGGUUUUUUCAAGUGAUGAAUCUCAACAUGACUUAAGAAAAAGAAAGAAUGUUAAUGUCAAUGUGAUAUAGUAUUUAAAUUUGUGUUAAGCUAACUUUUUGUGAAUGAUGUUUGUGUUGUGUGAAGUUUGGAAUGUUAUGUCAAUUGUUAUCAAGUAUGGUGGGGUUUGAUA